GAAUUUAAAUUCUCAAGAAAAUUUAUACAGACAAAAUAGCACUAAAUUCAAAUUUAGACGAUCCAAACAGCCAAAUGGCUCCCUUGUGGGCAGUGCUACAAUACAACCCCCACCUCUUUUCUUUUUCACCCCACCCAGUCUGGGGGCCAGUUCACGAGAUCCAGACUGCUCAAUACUUGGACCAUGCAGGUAAUAAAGCGUUAUACUUGGACCAGGUAAUAAAGCGUUCUGAUUGGCUGAUUUUAGCUAAUUGCAAUAACAUUCGAUUGCUUCUUUAUCAUCAUUCAGGAUUUUGUCUGCUGCUCAAGGCACUGGUGAUAGCUAAAGCAAUGGGACAAUGCAAUACUCCAGGAGCAAACGAAAUUGUUCGCCUGACUGAAAAAACGGGAACGCUCGAUCACGUCUUGAAUUCUUCAGUGCCUUCAGACGACGUGAAGUGUAUAACAUGGAUCAUAACCGUACCAGAGGGACAUGUCGUAAAGUUACGAAUCAUAGCGUUUUGGUAUUUGGAUCGUGCUUGCAAAAAUUCUACUCUUCAAAUCCGCGAUGGCCCGAAUUCUACUAGUGAGGCUUUUGAAUCUUUGUGUGGACUGGGGAAAGACGAAUUGGUAACUCUCUUUUCCAGCGAUCGUCACCUCUGGGUUCAGCUACAGUAUUCAAAUGACCACAAGGCAGAGAUAUAUGCUGUGUUUGAGGCUGUUAAGCAAUCUGUGGUGGGGUUAUGCAGAGGCCCACAAAACCAAGUCAUCUCUCUGACAAGCGAGACAGGAAGAAUUUUCUCGCCGUUGUUCCCGAGUGACUUUCCCGCUGGCAUAAAGUGCACAUGGGUGAUCACAGUACCUGAAGGACACUACGUGAAGCUUAGAAUGAAGUCCCUUAAGUUGGAUCGUUCUUGUUCUUAUUCAUUUCUGUAUAUUUGGGAUGGGUGGAAUUCAACGAGUGAUUUGCUCAACAAAUUCUGCGGCGAGGAGUUCGAGCCCUCGGUGUUUUCCAGCGGUCGCUAUCUCCGUGUUCAUCUCGACUCUAGCAGGAUGUCAGGGUCCAGUUAUCACGCACCUGGUUUCGAUGCUGUUUAUGAAGCAGUGAACCGACGUAAGAGACAAAUAAUCUAAUCUAGAAAUUGGGUGUUUUUGAAAAGUUAAGAUAUUUAUUCGCCAUGGAAAACAAUCUUCCUGCAACAUGUAAAACUAUAUAAUUGCAGUGAUUUUUAAAAUCAUAACAAUCAUAGUUGAAAUUUUAGUUUCGCUAUUUACGGUGUGGUCUGAAACCGGACCAGCCAAACCAUGAGCCCGUUUCUACUGACAGAGGACAACAGAGAAACCUGUUGGCAAAGGAUGUUUGAAUGAUCUCUUAUCUGGACCGAGCUAAAGCACCUGGGAGCUUCGAGAGGUCUUUGGACUCGUAUUCUCCUUUUUUUGUUACUUUGUUUGUUUGCAUUUGAAUCAAUGCAUUAUUUAAAAUCUCUGACAUGAGCAAG